AAUGCCGAACCCGUGAGCCACGUGUUCAUACACCACACGUUGAACCCCGACCAGUGCCACAACCAGGCGGAGUGUGUGGCGGCCGUGCAAAGGGUGCAGAACUGGCAUAUGGAUGGCCGGCACUGGUGUGACAUCGGCUUUAACUACCUGUUGGGCGGUGACGGCCGCAUAUACGAGGGCAGGGGCUGGUACGCCGUGGGGGCCCACACUCUCGGCAUGAACGACAAGUUAGUGGCCAUCGCACUGAUCGGUAACUACGAGUCGGUGGCGCCGCCUAAGAAGAUGUUAGACUUGGCCCAGAAGUGA